AUGGAGCUGAAGUUGUGCUUGUCCUUCCUGUUGUUACAUGUGAUCCAUGUCCAGUCUUCUCACGGCCAAUGGUUAGUAAACGUACCGUCAAGGAUUCCCGUCGUGCAGGGCUCCUGUGUGGUUAUUCCCUGCAGCUUCACCUACCCCAGGCCCACCUCAAGGCAGACCCUGAACAGGUGGAAAGGGUUCUGGAAAAUUGGGAGAAAGGUUGUCUCAACCUCUCUCCCCAGAUGGAAACUACCUGUGGAAUACAAAAGACGGAGCAAGUUUUUGGGAAAUCUGGCAGCACACAACUGCACCAUGCUGCUGGAGCAUGUCAGGACAACUGAUGUCGGCCCUUUCUACUUCAGGAUUGAAAUGCCACAGUACAAAAGCUUCUCCUACACAAUGAAUCCAGUAUACAUUGAUGUUUUACGCAAACCAGCGCCUCCAUCUCUGUCUGUGGAUGUGAAAGCAAAAGUAACUGCCCACUGCUCUGUGUAUCACUCCUGUCCAAUGACUCCCCCCAAAUUCUCCUGGAGCCAAUCUGGAACCAUCAGCUCCCGGUCAAAGUGGCUGAAUGGGUGGCAGUGGAAGAGGACGUCGACCCUGACCUUUCCCCUUCGACCCACUACCUUCAACCAGACGUUAAACUGCACGGUGCGGUACAGCGGAGGGAAGCAGGCGACGAGUACAGAAAACUCCAACCACAUCCUCAUUCUAACAGUGGUGGCAAUUGGUACAGCUGUGCUCUUUGCCGUCUUUAAGAAUUAAUUUUAACGCUUUGCAGAACUCCAAAGUGGGGAUGGCAGCAUGUGGAACCGGCUGUUCCAGCUGUCUUAA